AGAAACCAAGCAUAAAACUCUACGACAAAGUCUACUGCUGCGGUCUUUUACGAAGCUAUGCCAUUGGACAUUUUUGUUUCCGUUUUCCUUCUAACUGAGGCAUAUAGGUCAAUCCAUAUUCACGAUUUCUCGAGGUUUCUCUCCUACAGACCAACAUUCUCCACUGCAUCUCACUCAAGCCGCUUCAACAUUCACCACCGAGAUUUCCUUCUCACUGAACCAACCGCAUCUACUUCUCGAGAUCUCACCUAUUACUCGCGAAUCCAAUCUCCUCGCGACCUUCAAUCGUAAGCAUAUUUCCCACCUCUGUUAGGGUUCUCUUUGAAGCAUAUUUCCCCUUUUUCAUCUUCCAUGGCCAUCUUCACGAAGCUCCAUCGUCACAGAUGGCGGCCUGUCUACUGUCAUCGCCAAGCCCAACGACUACGGCGGCGAGUUCGCGGCAGAGGAGGUUGGAGAUCUGUUCUUGGUAGCGAAGGAUUUGUGUUGGGGUUCGAAGGAGGUAGAGAAAGGUUCGUUUUUGGAGGCGGAAAAGGACUUUGUGCGGCGUAUCUCCGGGAGGGCGGGUGGGCAGAAGAGGGCUUUAAGGGCGGCGGCGGCGGUGGAUGGAGGUUUGCGGGCAGUGGUGGGGCUUCCUCUCCCAACCGUGGCGACGGGCGCGAUGGCGGAGCUCUUGCAGCGGUGGCGCACUCGCGACAAAGGAGCAAUUUAGUGAUCCCUCUGUCUCGUGAUCUGCUGUCGUGGUGGCGCCUCCGUCGCAGUGACUGUCCGGUGAUGCUGCAGGGAGAAAGCUACAGUGCUGGUUGCAUCUGUAGGGGUUACAGGGAUGGAUUGUUGGGAUUGGGUUCCUGUUGGCAUCUCAGAGCUGAUAAGAUUAAUCUCAAGAGUUUGGAUGCCCAGCUUCUUUUAUUCUGGAUGAUUUUUUUCCACUUCUUAGAUGCCCAGUUUGGAUGCCCAACUUCUUUUAUUUCCACUUCUUUUAUUUACUUUAUUGUGGAUGAUUUUUUUUCUUUUUUUUGUCUAACAGGGUGGUGUGGAGUAGCAUCUGGAGAACAAAGAUAUUGUAGUCCAUGGAAUUAUUUUUAGUGUGUCAGAGGUGGACAAGUGGCAGAGGAUGUAGAAAAUAGAAGUAUUCUAUAAAGGAAUUGUUGCUUCUGACAUAUAUUCACACUACACCAAAUAUUGCUUCAGAAUGGAGCUCACCUAAGUAUGCAACUCCUUAUAUGAUGAGUGGGUGUCCUCGUGUGUUCUGCAGUUUUGUGAGCACUCGGGUUUACAUGGUGGUGACCCAGGGGAUGCUGUUUGUAUGGAGAAUGGGGAGACCAUUUCACAAUGGUGGAAGCUUUACUUCUUGAAGUUUGGGAUAUUUGUAAAGAGAUUGUUGAACAAAGAUUAUCAGAAAAGGCUAACUACAGCUCAGGCUCUCAGUCAUCCAUGGCUGACGAGUCAUUGUGAUGAUGUGAAGAUACCUUUUGAUAUGAUAAUCCACAAGCUUGUUAAAAGCUUAUAUACGCUCAUCUUCUUUACGCAAAUCAGUUAUGGAAGUAUAUUGGAUAGGACACAACAAAAUACAAUGUGUUUUAAGGUGAAUUUGGUGAAAGAAGUGAAGAAGGAUAGAGAUGGAAUCAGAAAAGACAUCAAAAAGUGCAAAAGGAGAAGCCACAACUACCGCUCAACGGCAGUUUACCGCUGAGCGACACUCAGGAACCCACGUUGGCUCCGCUUAGGGGUGAAAAGGCCGCUGAGGGGAGGAAAACAACUCACGCACUUACCGCUGAGCGACACUAUUUUGGGCUUGGGCCUAAUUUUCUGUAAUUUUACGAAUAGUAUAUAAGCUUUAGGUGUUCCUAGGGUUUGUAUCUUUGGCUGAGACGAAGCAAACACUCACUUUUCCACCCCUUGAAGGAAGAUCUUGGAUGCUUAUGCUACCUUCUCAUCUUUCUAGGGUUUUAUCUUUCAUUCUUUCAUUAUUGUUCAUCUAGAUUCACCAUGAAUAUGGUGAACUAAACCUUGUAUUGUUGUUGGGAAAUCAAUGUAUUCUUGUGAAACUCUCA